UCCCCAUCAGGUGCCCCCUUUACAUCAGGUAUCCCCAUCAGAGUCCGCCUUUACAUCAGGUGUCCCCAUCAGAGUCCCUUUUUUAUAUCAGGUGUCCCAAUUUACAUCAGGCGUUCCAAUCAGAGUCCCCCUUUACAUCAGGUGUUCCAAUCAGAGUCCCCCUUUACAUCAGGUGUCCCAUCAGAGUCCCCCUUUACUUCAGGUGUCCCCAUCAGAGGCUCCUUUUACAUUAGGUGUCCCAUUAGAGUCUCUCUUUACAUCAGGUGUCCCCCUUUGCAUCACAGUCUCACU